AUGGCUAGUACGGUAACUAGUGAAAAUCCACAACAGCAAACUCCAUCUUCUUACAACAAUACCAUUACUGCUACAGCUACUAAUUUUAAUGCUAAUAACAAUAUUAAUAAUGUAGCUAACAGUCAUGUUCUUCAUGCUUCAAUUGGCAAUACCGAUAAUAAUGGCAACAAUAAUAAUGACGAUAAUAAUAAUCUUAAUCCAUGGAUGCAAGAAUUAGAAAAAUUACGGAAACAAUAUAUUCAAGUUAAGGAAGAACGAGAUCAAGCUGGCCGUUAUUUGCAUCAAGUUGAAGAAACUAUACAAACUUAUGGAAGUAAUCCUCAUAACGCUAUCAAUCAAAUUGUGAAUCUAUUUAAAUCGUCUGCUAGAAUUGCUGCUAAAGAAGUUGCAGAACAGAUGGAUACCAUGGAUAAAGAGACAUUGAAACGAAUUUAUUUAAAUGCCAUUGAACACGUAGAAGAUUUGAAACAUGACAAGGGAUUAUUAACAACUAAAUUGUCGUUAAAUCAUGAACGCUCGGAAAAUCUUUACCAACAAUUAUCUGAGAUUAACGAUAACUUUGAACAACUUCUUCAUCAUAAUCAUGAAUUAAUAAAACAAAAUCAACAACUUAAGUAUGAAAUUAAAAGGUGGCAUCAAAAUUAUGAUAAUUUAAAAAAUACAAUUGAUCAUCAACAACAAGCAUCAUCUUCUACACGUCAGUCAGUACCGCUGCCAUCGUUGCCUCAACAAGAGCAACACACAUCAUCAGUUGCGUUGCAGGCGUCAUCACAACAAGAUGAAGGAAAUAAAACAUCGAUCAUAAAAAGUUCUGAUCAUGGUCAAGAUAAUGAUACCGAUAUAUAUCCAUCGGUUAAUAAUACUGUAGCGGGACAGUACGGCCAAGGUGUAACUGCUCAUAACCAUGAAGAUAGCAGUGGCUCUCAUUCAAUAGAUAACGCAACAUCAACUAGUACUAAUAUAAACAAUGAAAAUGUAAAUAGUUGGACAUAUAGCCAUAAUAAAGUACCAGCUUAUCCUGUAUAUAAUAGUUUUAACGGUCAUCAAAAAAUAUCCUUAAAUGAUAAAUCAAAUUAUGAUUCGCCUUCAGGAUUUAUCGAUCAUGAUCAAUUGCAGUGUGACUGUCAUUUGUUACAAUCAACGUUAAAACAGCAUAAAAUUAAAUACCAAAAAUUAUAUAUUCAAUGUCAACAAUUAGAGAAAGAAAUCAGUCUUAUAGCUAAAGAGAAACAACGUUAUAAGCAUCAAUUGUCCGCUCAAAACCGCGAUUGCGAGCAGUUAAUACGUGAACGUGAUGCGUUAAGGUCUGCAUUGCGAAUGCACGGUAAUGAGAGAGAAAAAGAAAGGCAAGACUUUAAUGAUCGCCAAAGUAAUCGUUUGAGGGAAUUACAACGAGUCAAACGUGAGAAAGAAAUUAUUAUGGUAGAAUAUGGCAAGAUAAUGGAAGAGCGUGACAUCGUUCAUCGUGAUAUGAACAAUAUUCAGGAACAAUACCAAACUUCAGUGCAAGAAAAAUUAUUAGCGGAGAAACAGUGCCAAGAAUUGCAAUUAGAAUUAAAAAAAUUGCAACAACUUGUUGAUCAGCUCAAGCGUGAUAAACAUGUCGAUAAUACGCGUAUCGAAGCAUUAAAAGUUAAUUUAAAAGAAACUAUUCACACCAAUGAAGAAUUAUUACAGCGUUAUGAAGAAUAUGACAAAUUAUAUGCUAAUCCUGUAAAAGAUAAAUUUGAUGUAGUCAAUAAAAAUUCCACAUCGGAUACAGCAGUGGUUACUAGUACAAUAACAGCUACAACGGCAACAACUGAUAAUAGUAUUAGUAAUAAACCUGUUACCAUUACGAAUAAUGAUUGGUCUACGCAUCAAAAACUUCAGGAAAUACAAAACUCGAACUAUUAUUCUGGCGUUAAUGCUGGAUGUAAUGUGACUAAAAAUCGAAAAGAGAAAUUAGGAAAAUUAAAUGUUCCGUAUCAAAAUACGGAAAUUAAUGGUAAUCAUCAUUAUGACUAUCUCGCGAAUGGAAUCAGAACUAAUCAGGCCGAUCAUCAUGCGAAUAAAGUGACAGGCAAAGAACUUUCAUCAACAGUAUCACAUCAAGAUACAGGAUCAACAUUUUAUGCGAAUGACACCAACAGCAAUAUCAAUUAUAAUAAAAAUGAUAAUCUAUACAUACAUAAUCAAGCAAAUAGUAUUGAUGGUCAUAGACAUUAUUUACGUCGCGAUCACAUGUUGACAACCGAUUCGAUGGGCAAUCGCUAUCAUUCACAGUAUCAAGUUGAUCAAGAUAACAAUUCUGCAAUUACCAGUAAUACUGAAGGAAAUAAUCCAAUCUCUUUCGAUUUAAAAUCAUCGCAUAAUUCGCUAUACUACGACUCUGCAAUUGAUAUCGAUUAUCCCGAUGAUGAAAUUGAUAUUCAGUUCUGCCGUUCCAUUGUUCGUGCGGAUAAUUGCCAGUUUGGCUUCUCUUAUCGUAAUUCGAAAGAGUGCUCAACAUCACCAUAUCGUAACGGGAUAACAAUAUCAUGUGUUCAUAAGGGUAGCCCGAGUUACGGUAUUCUUUAUGUGGGUGAUGACAUUCGAUCAAUUAAUAAAGUUGAUUUGAGCACGUUCGAUCCGAAUGCAUUACUCCAGUUUAUGAGGAACAUGGCAGAGGAAAAGAAAAUAACCGUUAUUGGAAAUCGAAAAAGGCCGCUAUAUGUCAAAAUUGCGGUUACACCUGUUGCAAUUUCCUUUGCUGAUUGUAUCCAAGUUGACAGCGAUCACAUUAUCACCGCAAUAGUACCGGAGAUUAUAGCAGCUACUGAUGGUGAGCUAUCUAUUGGUGAUAAGUUAUUAGCAAUUAAUAAUCUUAAAUUAGACGAUAUGACAGGAAAUGAGAUUACCCAAUUAUUACAUCAAAAUAGUCAGCACAUCAUGAAUUUAUUCGUUCAAAAAUAUGAUGUCGUGGCAUUUUUAAAUCGCGAUCACCCAAAUCAUAAGCAUUAUCGCUAUUUUAAUAGUAAUAUCAAUACAACUAAUUCGUCAUCAUCGAAUACGUAUGUAAGCCGAUUAGCUAAUGAGCAACAUAAUCAUAGUCGUAACUUAUCUGGUAAUAUAGAUUAUAAUACGAAAAAUUCUAAAUUACAAGUUUCAACACAACUGCAACAAACUUUUGGGCCUAGUAAAUCUAAUUAUAAUGAAAUCAAUGAAAUAACAAAUAAUGUAUAUAGUACGACUAACGAUCCAGGUUGUAAUAAAAUUAGUAAAUUAGUGCAUCAUCAACAUCAACAAAGUAAUCAUACGAGUGCAUCCUCAACGAUUGAACAAGUCAAUGAUGAGAUGAAAGAAGUACAGGAAUAUGGAGAGAUGAGUACAACAAUAGCUGAUCAACAAUCACAACUCAAUAGCAAUUCUGAUCGUAGUAUGGCAGUUAAUACCAUCGAUUCAGUGACAAAACCGUGCCCUUCAGCGAUAAACAACAGUACAAAAAAUCUGCGAUCAGUAAAACAAGACAAUAAUAACUUUGAUACCGGUAGUACGCAGCUUUAUAAAGACAACGAACAUUUUAUUAAUUGUAAAAAUGGAAAAAUAUCAAACGAUAAAAAUCUUCUGACCAAGGUAAAAGUGCGUAGUACCACACAUACGAACUCGAUAGCAAACGAAACUAACACAACGCAUUCUCUAAGUGACUGCUCUCAACAACAACUGAGCAAUGGGUAUCAUCAUUAUCGCCAUAAUCCUAAUUCUACUCCCUUGAAUGACAGCAUUAUGGUUAAUGGCAACGCCUCUAAAUUCUCCAAUCAGAAUCCUAAUAUUCAUAUCAAUCAUUCACAAGACAAUGUAAAAGUAGCAAAUCGUCAAAAGCUUAAAUUGGUUAAUAUGCGACAUCUGCCAAUGUUAGAUAAUGACUUGGAUGAUCAAAACGAUCCUGAUCAGCCUAUUGCGCAAUUACAAGAUCGAUCAAAUUCGAACUCCGAUUUGUUAAAUGAUCGUAAUUCACUUAGCAACACUGCAAGCGCACGAUACAACCAAGACGAAGAUAAGGUUACGGUUCAAUAUAAUUCGAGAAGGAAUAAUAAUAAUAGCGAGGGAUUUACACAUGCAACAAUAAUGACUAACGAUAGUCACAAUCGAAAAACUAAUGCAGUAAAAAAUUUAGAAAAUAAAGGUGAUAUAAAAGUCGAAAGUGAUUUAAAAUAUACAAAUGUUGAUGAAUGGGUUAAGUUGGUAACAAAUAGUCAAAUUGAUUCAUUAUCUAACCGGAACCGUCCAAUAUAUUCAUCAGGGCCAGUCAAUUUUAAUUCGAAUUGGGAUAAUCAUUCUUCUUCUUCUAGCGCUAACCAACAAUGUCUUAGUGCAAAGCUACUUUUACCAACAACAGCUGCUCAACAACAGCAACAGAAGCCAGUUUUUAAAUCGCGAAAUCCACGCGUAUUUCAUGACCGAAAGAGGGAUCAUCUUAACUCUCAUUCUAAAUAUCCUCAUUAUCAGUCGUAUGCGUCUAUGUCAUUCGAAGAAACUAAUUCUGGUGCCUUCUAUCAAAGCUAUAACAAUCUUCAUCAUAGUCCAAAUGAUAUAUUGCAUAAUUUAAGUCCAGGUUAUGGUUCUUCUGCUACAAGUAUUUCUUACUAUUCGAGUUCAUCUCCCAGUUCCUUGACUGGCUCAUCACUUUAUCAUCACGACAUCAUGCUAAGUCAACGAGGCAUUAUGACACCUACAUCAAGUAUUCUACCGUCGUCACGCAUAUUUAGCCAGUCAAGCCGUUCUUUGUUAUUAUCUGAAUCUGGGAUAAGUGGCAAUAUUUCAUCGUCAUUUGCUGCUUCUUCAUGUGUUGAUGAUAUCCGUUUAUUUCAAUCUCAUGUUAAUAACACUCGCAAGAUUGAACGCUAUGAAGAAGAAACUGAAGAUAGUGAGGAGAGACAGGAUGAAAAUACUUCAUCAGCCACUGAUCCAAGAUACGUUACCGUAAAACAAGCUAUGCUCCCUUUAAAUAUUUGCAUAGCCCUCAGCGCAUUCGGUGGGGUAUUCGUUACAUCGAUGUCAUAUAGCGAAAGUAGACCAUCUAAGAUUGGAUUACGCCCUGGUGAUCAAUUAUUGCGGUGUAACGAUAUUGAUUUAACUACUGCCGACUUGGCUCAAGCCGAACAAGUGUUGACAGGGAAAGGCAAAGAUUUGUAUUUAAUUGUGCAAUAUAAUCCUCAAGGAUACAAACCUUUAAACGAAUCUGUUGGCUCUGAUACCAGUCAGCCGCAAACACCAGUUACGAGGAGAAGAAAACAUGUUUCAUCGAUUGCAUCAAGUCGCGGAUCUUCUAUUCGAUCAGUUCACUCUACUAACAACGAUAAAAAUAGUGCCUUCCUCAUUCAACAUGAAGCACUGAAACAACCGGUUUCGUCAAGAAUAGUCAACUUUAGACGUACUGGCAAAGUUAAAAUUGGUAUUGUUGGUGGUAAUGCUGCUGGCAUUUUUAUCUCUGAAAUAGAUUCUACCAAUAUAGCUUAUCAACCAGCUGGAAGCACCUUAAAAAUUGGCGACCAGAUCAUCGAGUUAAAUAAAAUAGACUUUAGAAAUUUAACCAUUGAACGCGCUAUCCGUGAACUUGCUCGAUUACCUGAAAAUAACUCGUUUAUUGUUGCUCAUUGUCCACAGAAACAUCGUAUUGUUGAAGAACAGCAAAUGAAGGAUUCAUUUUAUGUUAGGGCUUUAUUUAAUUAUAAUAGCGGGGACUCUGGUGAAUUAAGUUUUCGAAGGGGUGAUGUCUUACAUAUUACGGAUACUCUUUACGGAAAUAAGAUUGGCUCUUGGAAAGCGACGAUAAUAGCAGAUGAACGAUUCGCUUAUAGAAAAACUGGAAAAAUACCUAGCAAAAUAAGGAUUGAUGACUCGAGUCAGUAUCAACUAGUUGACAAUGCGAUGGAAGAGGAAAGUAAAUCAUCAAAACGUUCUAGUUUUAUCAACAAUAAGCGCAACUUUUUUCGUCGGAAAAAAACUCAAGAUAAGAUAAACAGCAGUAAUUUAAAUCGGGAUAGUACUGUUACGCAAGGAGAUUCACAAACUGUACAAGAAAUCUUUCCGUACGAAAAAAUCGAUCGAUAUCUAUCGGAAUAUCCACGGCCAAUUGUCCUUUUCGGACCGUACGCAAAGGCGGUAGCCAAUCGUCUAAUUGACGAUUAUCCAGAUAAAUAUCAGUGUGCUAAAAUUGAGAAUCAAAAGACCACAAUACAGGUUAUAGAAAGAGGAUUAGAAGAUCAGAGCGUAUUAGAUUACGAACAAAUAGAUGAUGGUUCGUUCAACUGCCUUAGAACGACAGCUAUAAAAACAGUUGCAGAAGAAGAAAAAAAACACUGUAUCCUUGAAUUAUCACCUUCUGCAAUUGAACGUGCUGAAAGUUGGGAUUUGUAUCCGAUUGUUAUACUUUUAAAAGAGCAAAAGGAUCUUCGUUUCAAGUCAGAAAAAUAUUCUAGUAAACAAGCUAAAGAUAUCUACGAUGCCAUGUUAAAAAUUGAGCAAGACUACCAAGAUAAGUUUUCAGUCAUUUUGGAUAAAGGUAAUAUUGCGGUAAUGUACGAUAGCCUUAUUACCUCAAUUGAAGAAGAACAACGUAAGCCGGUAUGGCGCGUCAGUUACCAGCAAAACAACAUAUAA